AUUGAAGGUUCGAAACACAAACACGCGCAAACAGAGAGAGAGAGAGAGCAGCUAGCCAUGGCGUCGACGCAGGAGACCCCGGAGAAGCGGGCGGAGGAGGCCGAGGCGAGGAAGGCCUCGGACGAGCUCGCUCAAAUCCGCAGCGAGCGUGAGGGCGAGCAGCAUGACAAGGAGCAUCAAGCGGGAGAGGAGGAGCAGCGGAGGGGCGUCUUGGGGAGCAUCCAGGAAGGCACCAAGUCCCUCCUGAGAACCGUCAAGGAGGUCGCCACCGGCAAAGCUCAUGAUGUUUCCGAGAAGGCCGGGGAGACCAAGGACGCGGCGGCCGAGAAGGCGAAGGAGACUAAGGACGUCACCAUGCAAAAGAUGGGAGAGUACAAGGACUCAGCCGCAGAGAAGGCGAAGGAGUACAGAGACUGGGCUGCUGAGAAGGCGAAGGAAGGAAAGGACACAACCAUGCAGAAGGCCGAAGAGUAUAAAGACACUGCGGCCGAGAAGGCGAGGGUGGCCAGGGACACAAGCAUGCAAAAGGCCGGGGAGUAUAAAGACUCCACGGCCCAGAAGCUGGGAGAGGCAAAGGACACUACCAUGGAGAAAGCUAGAGAGUAUAAGGAUGCUGCAGUGGAGAAGGCGAAGGAGAUGAAAGAUGCUAGCAUGCACAAGACAGGGGAGACCAAAGAAUCAGCAAGUGAGAAGGCGAGGGGGGCAAAGGAUGUAAGCAUGGAGAAGACAGGAGAUUACAAAGAGUUGGCCGGCGAGAAGGCGAGAGCGGAAGCUGAGAAGGCGAGGGAAGCGAAGGAAGGUAGCAUCCAGAAGACGGGAGAGUACAAAGAAUUAGCAAGUGAGAAGGCAAGAGAGGCAGCCGAGAAGGCGAGGGAAGCGAAGGAAGCUAGCAUGCAGAAGACGGGAGAGUACAAAGAAUUUGCAAGUGAGAAGGCGAGAGAGGCAGCCGAGAAGGCGAGGGAGGCUAAGGACACUGCUGCGGAGAGAACAACAGAGGGGAAAGAGACUACUAAGGGGAAGAUGGAGGAGUACAAGGUAUCAGCGGCUGACGCGGGGCGAAAAGCCAUGGAAUACUUGACUGGCAAGGAGGCGGCGGCUAGGCAGAAGGCCGCUGAGACAGGAGAAUCCGCGAAGGAAAAGUUGGAUGAGACAGAGGAGUCCGCGAAGCAGAAGCUGGAAGAGGCUACGGAGAGGGCAAAGGAAAAAGACGAAGAAGAGAAAAAAAAGGCUGAGGAACGCCAGGAGGUGGCCGAGAAGGGAAGAUCUGCUGGGGGGAGUAUAUUUAGCUCGAUUGGGAGCGUAACGGGGGCGAUCAAGGAGAAGCUAACUAUGCCGAAGGAGGUGGAGAAGAAGAAGAGAGAGGAGCAUGGUGGAGGAGGAGGUGGAGAGAAGGUGGCGGAGCACUACGAGGGGCAUGGAGGUCCUGGUGGAGGAAGAGAGGAGGAUGUGGUGAUGCGAGCAAAGGAUGCUGACCAGAUGACGGGUCAGACGUUCAACGAUGUGGGGCCAUUGGGAGGGGAAGAGACUGGUCGUGUUGACCGCCCAGGGAGGAUGUGAUCAGAUUCAGGUUGGGUUCGUGAUAUGGUUUACAUAUGUGGGCGUCUUCUGUAAUUUUUGUUUUGUUCUUUCUGUGGUGUUUUUCUUGUAUUUUGUGGUGAAUCAGUUUAGUGUUAAGGCUAGGGAUCUUGCGUUGAUGUUUGUAAUUGGAUGGAUGGUUAUAGCGUUGCAGAAUGUUUUUGUGAUUGAUGGUGAUUGGAUACGUAACUGUUUGCAUGGCA